AUGAGGUUUAAAUCAAUAAAUCUGAAAAUAGUUCCUUUUUAUCAAAUUUGUUAUUUUAAAUCUGUAACAAGGAUAUUUUUUGGAAGAGACAUUCAUUCAUUAAAAUUGAAUAAAGAUUAUGAUUUAAUUCAUAUUCAUUCAUUAACUUUAAAAUCUAUAAUAGGAAAGAAUUUAUGGGCUCAAAAAUUACUUCAGCCUGUAUUUCUUACUCUUAGUUUUAGAAAAAAUACUACUUUUUUAGAGAAUCUGGAUGAUUUGUCUUAUUCAAUAGAUUACACAAUAGUUUAUAAAGAAGUAUAUAAAUUAGUUGAAAGUUCAGAAUUUCAAGAUUUAGCUGAUUUAGCUGAUAAGAUUUCUGAACUUGUCUUUAGUCACAAAUGUAAAGCUAAUUGGGUCAAAAUAAAGAUUGAAACACCUAAAGGGAAUUUGUUUGCAGGAACUGGAUUACAAGUUGUAAGAAGAAAAGAUGGUAUUGUGGAAGUGGAUGAUCAAUUUUUUGUAAAAAAAUUAAGUCUUUUUACAAUCAUAGGUAUGAAUCCAGAAGAAAUGAUUAAUAAACAAAAUAUUAUUAUUAAUUUAAUAUUAUAUAAAUCACCUAUAAAUUUAGAAGAUCGAAAUUGUUCUAUCAUAAAUAUAUAUAAUAUUGAAAAAGUUUUAAAAGAAAUUGUUAAACAUGUAGAAAGUUCGUCUUUUAAAACUAUAGAGGCUCUUGCAUUAUCAAUAGCAAGAAUUUUGUGUAUUUCGCAUAAUAUUGAAAAAAUAAAAGUAAAUGUGGAGAAACCUAGUGCUUUGGCUUUUGCUAGAUCUGCAGGUGUUGAGAUUGUUAGGUCACGAUCAUGUUUUUUUUCUGAUGACUAUAUUAAUUCUAAAGGACCUGUUGAUAAUGAUGCUAUUUAUAUAGCAUUAGGUAGUAAUCUUGGGAAUAAGGUGAAAUUUAUUUCUGAUGCCAUUGAAAAAAUGUCUAUCAGAGGAAUAAAGGUUUUAAAAACAUCUAUGUUGUAUGAAUCAGAACCUAUGUAUUUUAAAGAUCAGCCAGUAUUUUAUAAUGCUGUAUGUAAGGUUGAAACUUCUUUAAACCCUAAACAGCUCUUAGAUGAACUAAAAACAAUUGAAAAAGAAUUUGGACGAGUUAAGACUAUUGACAAAGGUCCACGAUGUAUUGAUUUAGAUAUUAUUUUCUUUCGUAGGAAAAUAAUUAACUCUGAAUCAUUGAUUGUUCCUCAUCCUCAAGCACUUGAACGUCCAUUUGUUUUAAAACCACUUUGCGACAUAUCGAAUGACCUUGUUCAUCCUAUUACUGGAUUACCUAUAGUUUCUUAUCUUAAGAAAAUUGUUAAUCCUGGUAUUAAACCAGUUUUGCCAUUUUUAUAUAAAAAUAGAAGUAUAAAUUUUAGUUCUGAAUUUUAUAAAGCGCCUACACAUAUUAUGGCCAUUUUAAAUCUUACUCCUGAUUCUUUUUUCGAUGGGGGUGUUCAUUCAUAUGAUUCUAUAUUAAUGGAUGUGGAGAAUUUUAUAAAUGCAGGGGCGACGAUAAUUGAUAUUGGUGGGCAGUCUGCACGGUCUGGUUCACAUGUUGUUUCUAUAGAGGAAGAGAUUUCUCGAGUUAUUCCUGCUAUAAAAUAUCUCUUAAAAGUAUAUCCUGAUAUUUUAGUAAGUGUAGAUACUUUUCGUUCUGAGGUUGCAGAACAAGCAAUUAAGGCUGGUGCUAGUCUUGUUAAUGAUAUAAGUGGGGGAAGGUAUGAUCCAAAAAUGCUUAAUGUGGUUGCCAAGUUGAAAGUUCCAAUAUGUAUAAUGCAUAUGAGAGGUGAUUUUUUAACUAUGGACAAUUUAACUGAUUAUGGUACCGAUAUUAUAAAACAAAUUACUAAAGAAUUAGAAGAAUUGCUUGUUUUUGCUGAAAGUUCAGGUAUUUUUAGGUGGAAUAUUAUUUUAGAUCCUGGGUUAGGAUUUGCUAAAACUUCCUAUCAAAAUAUAGAAUUGUUAAGAAGAUUUAAUGAAUUAAAAUCUCAGCAUUGCUUUAAUGGUUUGCCUUGGUUGCUUGGUCCAAGUCGCAAAAGAUUUACAGGGUGUCUUACAGGUGAUGUUAUGCCAAAAGAUAGGAUUUGGGGCACUGCUGCUUCGGUUGCCGCAUCUGUUUUAGGAGGCUGUGAUAUUAUACGGGUUCAUGAUGUUUAUGAAAUGUAUAAAGUUUCAAGAACUUUGGAUGCUAUUUGGAAAGGAGUUUAUUGA